AUGUCACUAAUUAGUGAUACGGAUUAUUUGAUCCAUCAGAUACGUCUGUCGUAUCUGCGCGACUCAGAGGAUCUAUAUGGACCACGAAUAAUCAGUCUCGACCCCUCGUACCAAGGAAAUCCCUACAUCGUAGCUUCAGGACUUGCCGACUUGGAACGAUGGCGAGAACUGGCGACCCCUCACAGCCCUGAUCUCAGCGAGGAGGAGAACGAGAACGCUUCUGGAUUCCCUGGAGCCCGUCUGAAGUAUACUCAAACGAUCAUGGGUGGAAAGUCAGGAGGGUUGGGGAUGCGCGUGCAUGGAAAGAGAAUGUCAACGUCGAAACGGCUUUCCCAAAUCCAACCCGCUCCCAAGGACGCACAACCUGAAGUCAAGAACUUUGUUACAAGUGGCGCGCUAGUCCAGACGCAAGACACGCUGAGCACUUCGGCGCCGCCAGCUUCGACGAGCACGAAAUCUGCAAUUGCGAAUGUGACUGCCGAACCCUGGGCCAUGGUGGAUGCGCCUCCCGACGGCGACAAGACCGAAGGAUCACCCGGGCCUAAUGUUCAUAUUCAAGUACCAACAGCACCAGAAGAAGCGCCAGUGCAGAAAGUUGUACAGUUCGUACCGCGUUUCUCAGCAGAAACAGAGGCUAGGCGCCGAAUGCGUAUUGCCGCGCGCAGAGGACCGAACGCGAUUCCCCAAGCUCCUCCACCCCCACUUAGUUUUGACACUACGUCUGAAGAGGAGGUGGACAACAACGAUGACUCUGAUGUGUCUUCUGAGGGCUUUGGAGUGGACCAUAGUGACGACGAGAGUAUGGAUGAUGGUGACGAGUUUGACCCCGACUUUGCGGCCACCAACAUCACCUCAGAUAGCGCAUCAGAGGUCAUCUCCAUCAUGUCUGGUAUGAGCUCAAUGCCCAACUCGUCAGCACCCGACUCCACACACGCCCCCUAUCGAUCCCGCACGGCCAGGCUCAGUCCUGUGACAGAAACCCGUCGUGGCCAUUCUCGUCCUCGACCAGCCAACCUUACAUUGGAAGGAACGACGCUGGUGAACGGUCCCAAAUCUGAAGGCGACGCAUCCAUGCACAAGAAGUCUAAUUCCAACAUCUCCAGAAGCAAGAGCGAUAACUCUCAGACUAUCCUGCAUGGACCUUCGUCGUCAAUCUCGUCUUCAAUGGAGUUGAUGUUCACGAGGAAGAAGGUUGUCCCUGCCAAACCUGGCAAAUCAGCUCUUUCGGCGAUGCUCGCUGAUUCGAGCGGUUCUUCGAACCCCUUCGCGGAGCUUUACGCUGCCAUGUCUGGACGGGCUGAAGGCGCUUCUGUGAAUGUGCAAGUUUAUUUCCCCCACGCAACCAAUCCGGCAGGGAAGCCGAUGGAUCUCAAUGUUCGCAAGGACGCCACUGUCGAAGAAGUCAUUGGAUACGCCCUCUGGAACUAUUGGGAAGAAGGCUGGCUACCUAAACUUGACGAAGGUCUCGAUCCAGAGGAUCCCAAGAGAGAGCAGGUUCUCUCUGCUGUCGGAUGGAUUCUCAGGAUCGCCGAGGACGAUGGAGAAGUUGACGACGAUUUCCCUCCGCCGGAUCGGAUGGGCAAGAUUGUCAAGUUUAACUCGGAUGCAUAUGCUAUUUUGGCGGCAACGCCUGCUCAGAUACAACAAAAUGAGAUUUUGGAGAGCAAGAUUCAGCGUCGGCCAUCGAGAACACUGAACACUAAGAAAUCUGACAAGUUAACCGUCCCUCAACUUUCUGCGGUUCCGUCUGGCUCAGGAAGUCCGUUCAUGGGCUCAGACCUUGGUUCCGUGCCGCUCUCGACGUCGUUAGGACCUUCCUUCACCCAUGGCCCCCAAAUCUUCUUGCGCAUUCGGGUUACGGAUACACCGGAUACUGUCCAUAUAUCCACGACAAUUCCUGUCUCUGCUGGGAUGUACAUGCAAGAGGCGCUGGAGAUGGUGUGUCGACGACGAAAGCUGCAGAACCCUAAAGACUAUGCACUGUUGCUCGAGCUCCCUGAUGGCAAAACCACAAUCAUGGUCCCGCUUGAUCGUACAGUGGCAAGUUUGCAAGGCAAUCGAGAGCUGCGUCUUGUCAAGAGGAACAUGCUGCAUACCCUUGGGCUCAACAUCUCAAAGGAGAUCAAGACAACGGAUCCUAAUGCUUCGAUCUUCAAGGGUGUGACCGAUACACCCGAACAACAACAUUCCUCCGCACUCGAUUGGACGGCAGCCUACAAGAAAUAUACCAUUUAUCGCAAGAUGCCGAUGUUGGUUACUCGGCAGGAACGAACGCUUGCUAUAGAUGGGGUUUACAUUCAUUCGGGCUUGGGGUUGUACGAUCCGCUUGUGUCUGUCGCGCGGCGCAGGCGGGGCGCGUAG